AUGCGUUUUGCUGGCAUUGGACUGUGGGCGCUUUGCGCAGCCGCGAGUCCUGAGAUACCAUCAUCUUGUUGCACUAAACUUCAAAAGAUCCCACAGCUUAACGGAAAGGUAUACAUGCCUGACACUAUAGACUAUGAAGAACGAUUAGACGCCUACUAUUCGGCCAACGCUGCUCUCCGUUCGUCCUGCAUGGUGAUGCCUGAUAGUGCCGAAGACGUCUCUGAAAUUAUGAGUGUUAUUACCGAUAACGAAUGUACAUUUGGUAUGGGUAGCGGGAAACACUCUGCGUAUCGCAACUCAAAUGCUGUCGAAGAUGGUAUAACUGUUGACUUUGGCUACAUGAAUCAAACAUCAUACGACACUCGGACUAAAAUCGCCAGCAUACAACCAGGCUCUAAUUGGGGCCAAGUGUACGAAGCUCUUGAUCGUUACGGUGUCGCAGCUGUUGGCGGUCGCGCUUCACCUGUUGGUGUCGGUGGUUUCAUCACUGGCGGAGGGUACUCUUUCCACUCCAACGUCCGAGGCUUCGGUUGCAAUCAAGUCGUCAAUUUCGAGGUUGUCUUGGCCAACGGUCAGAUUGUAAACGCAAACGAGACCCAGAAUCCUGACCUGUGGAAAAGUCUGAAAGGUAGUUCUGGGAAUCUGGGAUUUGUCACUCGGAUCGAUCAGCGUGUUGUCGAGUCGAACCAGAUAUGGGCAGGCUUCAUCUACUUUGAACCAUCUCAGCGAGACGUCGUUUUUGAGAAAUACAUUGAUUUCGUGGAGAACAAUGAAAACGACCCUGCUUCUCAGCUCAUCGUUUCAAUGCAGUGGGACGGAAACCAGUACAAUCUAGUUUCAGUUGUUUCAAAUUCCGAUGCUGUUAAGUCACCUGCUUCCUUCUCAGAUUUGCUCAACGUUCCUAGUAUCUCGAAUACGACAGCCAAAGGAAAGAUCGCCGAUGUUGUGCCACAGUUCACCGGACCAACUCCCCUUGGUCUCUACGCAAACUGGAUGACAGGAACUACCAGCAAUGAUAUCCGGGUCAUGAAAUUUGUGUACAAAAAGUUCGAGGAGUAUGUUGAAAAGAUGAGAGCUGCUGUUCCCACCUCCAAGUUCAAUGUGCUUGUACAGUUCCAGCCAGUGACACCGUCAAUGGUGAAGCAAGGUCAAGAAAGCGGCGGUGACGUCCUUGGACUGGAACGUGUUGUCGCUGAAGGCCCUGCAAUUAUGUGGCUCAUUGCUGUCACCGCUGAUACCAAAGAGGUCCAAGACAUCAUCGAUCCUUUCACACAAGAGUUCAAGGCAGCCGUUGACUCUUAUGCUACGGAGAUGGGCGUCAAUAAGGACUGGGUCUAUCUCAACUACGCAACCGGUGAUCAAGACCCAUUAUCGCAUUAUGGAUCCGAAAACAUUCGAAGUAUUCGGGACGCAUCUAAAAAGUAUGAUCCGACGGGUGUUUUUCAGCAUUUACGCCGUUCUGGAUUCAAGAUACCCGAAUAA